AUGAACUUCGAUUUUGCUCUUCGACUUGCUGAGGUGAGCACGCUCUGUGGCCAGCCAGCCAUUGCUACUCAUCCCAUUAGUCAACUGUAUGCCUUGCAUCUCUUCCAUAAGGCCGCAUUUCGGGAGGCUCUUGAUCUAUUUUAUCAGCUCAACACCAACCCAAUCGACGUUCUUGGCAUGUGCGCAAACUUCCUACCAGACCACCUUCGCUCAUAUACCACUUAUCCUGCCCCAUUAAAGGUGUCUCCUCUUUCUUAG